AUGACUAGAUACCAUUUCGCUGGCCCCGCCAGCAGUUCUUCGGCGCCCAUCGACUUGUCAGAAGAUGAUGGUGAUAUCCAGAUCCUCUUUGACCGCAUCAAUCUCAACGAUGUCAAGGACACCAUUGAUCUCUCUGCGGACGAUGAUGACAACCUGCGCCAGCUCACUCCCGGUGAAGUUGGCAGGUUCCAGGUCAAGGCAAGAUCCACUGCAGCUCCUCUCGGUGUCCCUCCAGGCUACCGCAAGCAGAACAGCGCAACGACACCAACUGGCGUUACAAUUCGGCCUGGCACGAAUGUCGAGCUAGAUGACGGAGACUUCGCCCGUAUCACGCAAGUCGUGAAACAUCACUUUACCGGAGAGCUUCUCGCUAGAGGCAUACUCCUGCGACGCACACGCCGUGUGAACAAGUUCUUCAAGAAAAGCCGCAACGAGCUUUCCGUCGUAAUCCAGCUUCCCGACGACACGACCGACGAUUCAAAUCCUUCUCUUGACAGCUCCCUGAUCGAUGUUCCGCUUGCAUCCAUCAUUCAGCUUCGCACAAUCAUUUUCACCAACAUGACGUUCCCAGACCUCAGCUACCGCCAUAGCGGCAGGGUUUACAAGAACAAUGAACAAGUUGAGGAUCAAGCAGAGCUGGUGGUCAGAUGGAAGUACGUCGAGUACUACAGCCUUAAGGACCAGCGGGUCAAGGCUGGCACUAUCAUGCAUCUGACCGAGACCGAGGCCGACAUGAAUAAGAGCACUUCAGAUGUGGCAAAGUAUCUCAAAUGGCGCGAACAAGAAAGUCCCCAGAAGCUUCGCUCCUCAGCUUCGACAGCAGCAAAACCCCACUCCAAAAAGGCCACUACAGUUAAGAGCGAGCCGCCGACCGACGCCUUCGUCGAUCUCACCAUGGACGAGCCGGAGUCUAGUACAGCGAGAAAGCGGAACUUUGAAGCUAUCUACGUUCCCAGCGAUUCAGAAGAAGAGAUCACCGAGGAGCAGCAGGAGACUAUCAUGCGCGAGAUCAAGAAGCGUCGCAAUCGAGACGGAGUCUUCACCAAGCGCAGUGAAAGCGUCUCUACCAUCACAACAUACACCGUCCGCAAAACAAAGUCCAUCUCUGGACCCAGUUCCACUCGCGAUCGUCACGACAGCCUAUCGGGCUUGGCAGAAGAAGAUAGCUACACUUUUGGUGACUUCUGUGCUGGAGCUGGCGGUAUGAGUAGAAGUGCUGAGCAAGCAGGACUCAAGCACAGUUUCCUGCUUGAUCACUGGGAGGACGCGUGUCGCACCUUAAGGCUCAACUUUCCCUGCGCCAGAGUCCUCGAGCAAGACAUUUUCGCGUUCUGUACCGGUGGCAACUCAGCAUCGUGGAUGCGUGUGGAUGUGAUCCACAUCAGCUUCCCAUGUCAAACGUACUCGGCAGCGCACACCCGCCCGAUCGGUACAUGCCCCAACGACGAUGCGAAUGAGGCCACUGGCUACUCUGUUGGACCAAUCCUCAAGCUCACCCGUCCUCGGGUCGUCACCUUCGAACAGACGGAGGGCCUAUUCUCCCGUCAUCCAGACUCCUUCGCGGCUCUCAUCGAGCAAUUGACCGCCAUGAACUACAACGUCAGAUGGAGAGUCCUUCAAUGCGACCGCUACGGCAACGUGCAGCCAAGGAAGCGUCUUUUCGUCAUCGCAUCCUGCCCAGGCGCACCACUACCACCCUUCCCUCAACCAACCCACGGCGACGGCCCCGGCCUCCAACGCCCCGUCACCAUCAAGAACCGUCUCGACAUGGUGCGUCCUGGAAUGGACUCGCACGACCAACACAUGCGCAAACACGGCAACCGCAAGGGCGCGCCGUAUAACCCCAACAAGCCAUUGAAGCAGUGCAUCACGACCGGUGGUGGCGAAGGCGACCUGCAUCCAAAUGGCGAGCGCACUUUCACUAUGCGUGAGCUUGCCUGUCUCGCUGGCUUUCCCGCACAUCACAAGUUCGCCUACAGCAAGGCGAUGGAUGUGAUCAGACGCCAGAUUGGUAAUGCUGUGCCGAGUAUGGUUGGCAAAGUUAUCUUCGAGGAGAUGGUCAAGAGCAUGCGGGAGCAUGAUAAGGUGGUCGCUGCCUGGAAGCCAGAGUACAUUGGGCUUGAUUAG